UCCUGUGCGCUACAUCGCCAGCCUCUCAGUGUGUAUGUGUAUGUAUGUAUAUUUUGUUUGUGGGUGAGGACGGCGCAUCAAGUCUCUCCUGAAGAACCACGAGUGCCGUUGAACUUCUCGGUUCAGCGGUGGAAUGCGCCGGUGAUGCGUCCUGGACAAGGUUUCAGAGGAAAGUGACAGCAGCAGAACCGCUUGGAUUUUUUAUUAAAGAGAAAGUUUGGGAAUUUUUGUGUUUGUGUUGGAAUCUUCUCUCGUCAUGACCGAGCUUCUCAGCCCCGUUUCAUCAACGGACCCAGAGACACUCUGUAAGCCAGAGUCAGACCAGAUGAGUCCAGACGAGCCACAGUCUCCCUUGGACCUGAUAGACACAGGGAAAUGCCUGAAGGUCCAAACAGCCACACCACAUCUGGUCAGCCUGGGCAGUGGGAGACUGAGUGUGGCUAUCACCCUACUGCCCCUUACAGAAGGAGUGACCCGUAUCGGGCGUGAGGACGCGGUGGUACCCCAAGACAUCACCAUCCAGGGUGUAGGCAUCGAGGCGGAACAUUGCAUCAUCAUCAACACGUCAGGGGUCAUCAUCCUCGACCCUUGUGGUAACCUCUGCUCCCUGGACGGCGUCCCUGUGACAUCUCCCGUCCCGCUCACACAAGGUUACUCUCUGUGUCUGGGUCAAUCCUACUUCUUCCGCUUCAACCAUCCAGAAGAGGCUAGCCGUAUGAAGAGCAUGCUGCCCCAGAAGAGCCCUGUCUCUCCUCUGGCCUACAGCACAGACUAUCUGAAGUUCAGUAGUGACUACAGCCAUGGGGUGGUGGGAGGGGCCGGCAGUGCAAGAGGGAUGCGUUCUGCCUCAGAGCUCCGUGAUUUGAUGGACACCUUACAACGAAAGAAGAUCGCCCUGGAGACUAGCCUGAGAGCCAAUGGGGACUCUAGCCCCUCCUACUUCAGUAUGACACAGUCUCCACCCACCACGCCUGUGACCUCACCCACCUCGAUGUCGUCAGCCUAUCAAGAGCAGGCUAGGCGUUUCUAUGGCUCUGAUCGCCCGCCCCUCUCCGUCAAAGCUGCCGCCCCUCCCUCCCCCUCUCGGCGCUCUGACCCCCCUUCCUCCCGAUCCUCCAUGACCCGGAACCAAUCCUACCAAUCACAGGACAGCCUGCUGGCCUCCCCUGGCGACGGGCGACGCCAACUAAACCCAAACUCCUCCCCCCUGUUGUCGAUGUGGAACGGUGGAGGUUCCUCUAACUCAGUGGCCGGUGGUGAGAGCCUCUCCUCUCCUCCUCCACGCUCAUCCCUCUCUCCAACCAGUGGAGCAGCCAGCGUGCCCUCCAGCCCCCGCCUGGGACGCCGAAGUCACGGCAACCAUGAGCCGACACCUAGCAACCGAACCAGGAAGUACUCUGCAGGAUCGAUAGGCGGCAUGAUGGGAAGUCACAGCCUCUCUCUGCCCCGCCUCUGCCCGUCAUCGUCGCCACGUUCCCAUGAUAAUGGAGCCUUGGUGCUCUCUACCCUCCCCCCGACCUCACGGCGCUCUGAACCUCUACGCAACUCUUCUCACAACAAUAGCCAAAACCACACCACAAACAGUAACUACAACCAUAACCAAACCACUAACUUUAACUACAGCCAGGCCCAAAACAUGAACCACAAGGGGAACCAAGGUGAGGGGGUGGUAUCCAUCUCCCUCUCCUCCCCAAAGUCUCCCACCCAGGCCACUCCAGACGUGACUGUUCCGUUCCGAUCAGGGGGCUCCUCCAGUCCCCGCGUGGCCAAGAAACUCAGCCUCACCUCCACCAGCUCCACAUCCAGCCUCCAGGAGCCAGAGUGGCCAGCCAGCUGCGGAGUCUCCCCUGGACCAGAGCUUUUUUUCGGGGAGAGGGAGCACAGGGGUGGCAACCUGGAGCCUGGUCUAGGGUUAGGGGAACGGAGACAGUCUUUUGGGAAGGGUGGGCUUGAACCAGGGUUCGGUCUGGGGGAGAGAAGACAGUCCUUUGGAAAGGGAGGGGUAGAACCUAGUUUGGGAUUAGGGGAACGGAGACAGUCUUUUGGGAAGGGAGGUAUAGAGCCAGGUUUAGGGUUAGGGGAACGAAGGCAGUCAUUUGGGAAGGGAGGAGUGGGGCUGGGGGCGGGGGUGACCCCACCGGGGGGGUUCAGGGCGAGAAGUGGCAGUAUCAGCUCCCUGAGUGGGAAGGAAGAACUGACUGACUACCACCAUCGCCAGAGAGAUGAGAGACUACGAGAACAGGAGGUGGAGAGACUGGAACGCCAGCGGCUGGAAACCAUUCUGUCUCUGUGUUCAGAGCUGGGUCGAUCGGAGCAGGACAGGGAGAGGGGUGUUGGUUCUAGUGUCGAUACCGGUGUUGGUCUAGCCGACCUUCAGAAGAUCAACCGGGAACUAGAGAAACUCCAGGUCUCUGAUGACGAUGAGUCAGAAUCCGUCUUCUCCGACUCAACCGUUAACGGAAAUGGGGCCGGUAGCGGCUCGGAGAACGGUUACUAUGGUAACGAUGAGGAGCGUCCAGUCCGACAGCGACCGAGCAGCGGCCACCGGGACAACAGGGCGGAAUCGCCGGCCAUCAGCCUACGAAGCUCCGCCACCUCGCCCACCGCGCGCCUGCCUAGGACCAAUCGGGCGCUGGUGGAGGAGGGCCAGCGGAGGCAGGAAGUGACCCGUGUGGAGGAGGAGAGGAUCCAGGUGCUGAACAACAUGGAGGAGCUGGAACAGAAGAUCAAAGAACUGGACAACCAGAUGGACGAGUCUCUUAGAGAGGUGGAGGUGGAGCGUGCCCUGGUGGAGGCAGAGCAGCAGGCGGAGCUAGCAGCCUUGCAGCAGGAGAGAGAUGCUCUGGAGACACUCAACACCAAGAUGUCUGACAUGGAACAACAGGCACAGAACCAGAAGACUCCGGCGUGUGUGUCGCUGCAGGCUGAGAGGGCUAGGGUAGAGCAGCUGUCUCAGAGUGUGUGUGAGCUGCGCUCCCAGCUCCACUGCUGUCCUGAGGCCAUGAAGGAGCCCCUACAGGAGCAGCUCGCCAGGAACUCUGAGGUGCUGGAAGCUGAGACGAAGCGUUUUGAGGACCUGGAGUUUCAGCAGCUGGAGAGAGAGAGUCGUCAUGAUGAGGAGAAGGAGGAAAACACACAACUCCUCAGAGAGAUAGCUGACUACCAACGGAGCACCGUCACACGCAAGGAGAGGCUGGUGGCCCUAAAUAAGCAGGCGGGACAGAUUACCCAGCAGGCUCAGCGAGAAAAGGACAGCUUCCUGAAGGAGAGGACCAACCUGCAGAUGAUGCUGCAGAGGGAGAAAGAUAACCUUGCUUCUGUGGAAAGGAAGUAUGCUGACCUCACAGGUGGGCGGGGCUUCCCUCUCAGCCCUAUCAGUCUUAAGGAGGGCUAUGUAACAGUCAGUGAGAUCAAUGAAAUUUACUCCCAGCUAGGGGGGAACCCUAGUCCCGCCACUGCCCCUGUUCUGGCCAAUCCCUCCCCUGAUUCUGAGCCUAGCCCCCCCACUGACGACAGCGCCCAAAAACCAGCGGAGGACGAGCACUUCCGUUCACUGGAGGAGAGAAAGAGGUUAGUGAAAGAAGGUGGGGCCCACCUGAGUGACACAUUACCCAGGAAGAAGACCCCGUCCAUUGUCACCCCUCAGUUCAACUGUGCUACACUAGGACGCAGCAUGCCUAACAAGUCCCAUCAGCCCCUGGUCCAGAGUUCUAGCUGUGGCAGUAUUCUACCCCGGGCCAUGUCUGUCUCCAAUAGAGACACAGAUAAACGGCGCCUGCACAAGGGUCAGCCGAGCUCUCGGGCCGCCUCCCAGUCCAACGUGUACCUGGACACCUACGGUUACUGUGAUAACGGCCAGGCAUACGACACCAUGAGCGUGGACAGCUCUGACUCAAUGGAGACCAGCAUCUCUGCCUGCUCCCCCGACAACGUCUCCUGUGCCAGUAUGUCUAACGUGACCAAACUGGAGGAAAUGGAGCGUCUGCUGAGACAGGCUCAGGCAGAGAAGAAUCGCCUCAUAGAACACAAGGAGCAAGAGAUGGAGUCACGCAAACAGGCUCUGGAGGAGGAGAGGAGGAGGAGGGAGGAUCUGGAGAAACGACUGCAGGAGGAGACCAACAGACGACAGAAACUCAUCGACAGGGAGGUGAAACUACGGGAGAAACAGAGAGCACAGUCCCGUCCUCUGACGCGCUACCUACCAGUUCGUAAGGAUGACUUUGACCUAAAAGCCCAUAUAGAGUCAGCGGGCCACAGUGCUGACACCUGUUUCCACCUGUCCCUCACGGAGAAGACGUGCCGAGGAUUCCUGGUCAAGAUGGGGGGAAAGAUCAAGACCUGGAAGAAACGCUGGUUCGUCUUUGACCGCAACCGACGAACGCUCUCCUACUUCUCAGACAAGCAUGAGGCCAAGCUGAAAGGGGUCAUCUACUUCCAAGCAAUAGAGGAAGUUUACUACGACCACUUAAAGAACGCACACAAGAGUCCUAACCCGUGUCUGACGUUCAGUGUGAAGACUCAUGACAGGGUCUAUUACAUGGUGGCCCCCUCUCCUGAGGCCAUGAGGAUCUGGAUGGAUGUCAUUGUCACUGGGGCCGAGGGAUACACUCAGUUCAUGGUGUAGAAGGCGCGAUAUGGGCAUGGCGGAGGGAUACACUCAGUUCAUGGUGUAGAAGGCGUGAUAUGGCCAUGGCAGAGGGAUACACCCACUUUAUGGUGUAGGAGACUUGAUCUGUACGCGUCGGAAGGAUACACUCAGUUCAUGGUAUAAAGAGGGGUGCUUCGGAGUGGAAGGAUACAGCCAGCGUGUGGUUAUGACGACAGGAUUAGCUCCUCUCUCUUCUCUGUGACAGAGAUGGACUGUUGUUUUUAUUUCUGUAUUUUAUUAUUAUAAAAAUGUCCAAGUACGUGUUCUCCAACAGUGUGCCUUAACUCUCACAGUAGCUCCGCUGGGAUUGGCCAGUGUUUUUAUGUAUCAUUAGUAAACAAGCAAACAGAACGGUCAUUUCAAUUCCUGGUUGUGUAGGGUCAAAUGAUCAGGGGACAAGUUACUGAUAUUUACUCAUCCCCAAAGACCUCAGGUCUCCUGUGUGUGUGUUUGUUACAUUGUGAUCACAUAACCCAGAGGUGCUAAUCUUAUUGUAUGGUGUCUUAACUCAUGAGGCCAAUGUCCUCCAUUGCGUCUUCCAGUGUAGCCAAAGGUCAAGUAAUCUGUGGUAAAAUACAAUACCCAAGGCUGCUACUUGGGGAAUACGUUGUCAUUGAGAUGCAGCCUUAUACAUGUCAGUGGUAGAAUAAAUACAGGAUCAUAUAGGUUAACCCUCACAGAUUAUAAUCAUGCUGGUCGAGCUUUCGCUGCGUAUGUUAUCGUUGACUAACCAGAUAGCUAUAUGUUAGCUGUGAGUUGUAUUUAUCAAAUGCCUUGUUUUAUGGUGAGCAGCCUUGGCAUAUAGGUUUACUGUAUGUUAGUGCUGAGUCAUGAUGCUUUUCCUUCCCACCAUCAUAUACAUCUAGCUAUUCCCUCUCUUCAGUAGAGGGUGACAGUUGAACACUCUGAGGGACAGAGAAUGACCCCUAAACCAUCCCAACUCGAACCUAGCACAUUAUGCAGUGAGUGUAGAACUGAAAGGACAGGUGUAAGCAAAUCCAAUCCGUUUUUGUCACUUGCUUCAUAAACAACAGGUGAAGACUAACAGUGAAAUGCUUACUUACAUGACUAAAUUCCACCCUGCCUAUUGUUUCUACUGUAUCCUUUCAGAUAUGAAGUAUCCGGGGUCGGGCUAGCCAGGGGUUUGAUUCAUUAUCGGGCAUUAAUGUGCUUUUAAACCAUUAUAUAUAUAUAUAUAUAUAUUUUUAAAUGGCAGUUUUUUUGAUCAUGUAGCUAUAUCAUACUGUUUUUAUGCUAUUGAUUAUCAAUGCAUGUAUCUUUAUUUCUGCAUACAGAAAAAGCAAGAACAAAUAUUAAAGUAAGAACAUAUUGUCACU